AAUCUAGCUCAAUUGGUUGAGAAAGAUGUCUGAGUGUUAUAAACUUCUUAAUACCAAGUUCUAUUUUUUGUGAAUAAGAAAAUAUCUAAAAUUAUCGUUAUUAGCUGUGUGACUCAAUCACUUAGGCACCAACAAGCAACUGUUCAAAAACCAUAUCACUUAGCCUGCAGAGAACACUAACUCAUUUGCUUUUACAUCUUUUUUGUUCAAUUGGCUCCCCCACUAAUAUCAAAUCCUUCUAUAUGUAUAUAUAAGCAAAUAGAUUAUUCCUCUCAACUAUCCAUAUCUUGCAUUUCUCUCUCAGUUGCAACUAUCUAGUCCCACUAAGUCUCCUACUAGUUAGUACCUGCCAUUCAAAUCAAUUUCACUAGCCACCUUGCAGAUCAGCACUUCAUGGCUUCUACAGAAACUGAGUACAAAUCAUCUUCAACUCCACCGCCUCCGGCUGGUGUGGACUACUUUAAAGUUGAUGUGAUCCUCAGAUUUCUGUUGCUGGUGGCAUCAGUGGUGGCGCUUGCGGUGAUGGUCUCCAGUGAUCAAACAGAGCUAGUGCUCUUCCUAAAUAUGCUUGUACCACAGCCAGCCAAGUUCAAGUACUCACCGGCUUUUGUAUAUUUUGUGGCUGCAUUCAGUGUUUCUGGCCUUUAUGCUCUCAUCUCUGCUCUGGUAUCUAUCUCUCUGAUUCAGAAGCCAGAAUACAAAUUGAAAUUCCUCCUCCACUUUCUCUUCUGGGAUGCACUGAUAUUGGGGAUAACAGCGUCAGCAACAGGAGCAGCUGGAAGCGUGGCAUAUGUUGGUUUAAAGGGCAACAGCCAUGUCGGUUGGAUUAAAGUUUGCAAUGUCUACGACAAGUUCUGUAGGCAUCUUGCUGGCUCCAUAUCAGUGGCUUUGUUUGGCAGCAUUGUGACUGUCCUGCUCAUAUGGCUUUCAGCUUUCACCAUUCACAGUCGAGUUCCCAAGUAGAUGGAAGGAGCAUGACCAUUCAACAUACAUAUGAACUCAACUCCAGAGUCACAUUGUUCACAAAGUCACCAGUGUGCCAACUUAAUAGUCAUCAUAGAUUCACGUGAAUACCUUUUGUUUUUGUGAGUGUUUCUUCAAAGGUGUUGACUAUGUGUAAUGAAGAAUGUUAACAACACACUCUCUAUAAACAUUCUUUUCGACAGUCUUUGUUAUUUAAUGGAAUUCACGAGUUUUAUUAAAUGAUGCAAGUCCAAUUCCUAAUCAGUGUGUUUCAUAUGAAUUUCAUAUGAUAAUAAAGAAUAUAGUGAAAAGUUUAUGUAAUGUGCUACUAGCAUUUCUCGUGUGUAAUCGAUGUCCUCCAUGGAUCCUAGUUGUAUUUUG